GCCACAUCGAAGUUGCAGUCGUCUUUCAUCCUCUUUCUGUCUCCGACCCCUACCCUUUCUCUCUCAUUAUUAUAAGGGUUUAUUUUUUUUCACGCGGAAACAAGAACAAGAAAGGAGCGGAUAAGAGGAGAAAACCCUUCCCUUCUUCUCUCUAGGGUUUCUUUCAUCUUCGAUUCUCGGCCGUUGGGUCAGAUCGAGAAAUCGAGAUAGAGGGAGAUCGAUGGCCGCGCAAGGGCGGGGGAUCGACCUUGCCGUCUUGGACGAUAUCAUCAACCGGCUCCUGGAGGUCCGAUCCGUGAGGCCUGCUAAGCAGGUCCAACUCUCCGAGUCCGAGAUCCGGCAGCUCUGCGUCUCCUCCAGAGAGAUCUUCCUCCAGCAGCCCAAUCUGCUGGAGCUCGAGGCCCCUAUCAAGAUCUGCGGUGACAUUCAUGGGCAAUAUAGUGAUCUUUUAAGGCUUUUUGAAUAUGGAGGCUUACCUCCUCAGGCCAAUUAUUUAUUUUUAGGAGAUUAUGUGGAUCGGGGGAAGCAGAGCUUGGAAACAAUAUGCCUACUUCUGGCGUAUAAAAUCAAAUACCCAGAGAAUUUUUUUCUUCUUAGAGGAAAUCACGAAAGUGCUUCUAUAAAUCGGAUAUAUGGAUUUUAUGAUGAAUGUAAACGCCGGUUCAAUGUGAGAAUAUGGAAAGUCUUCACUGAUUGCUUUAACUGCCUCCCUGUGGCUGCUGUGAUAGAUGACAAAAUAUUAUGCAUGCAUGGUGGUCUCUCCCCAGAUCUGACAAACUUGGAUCAGAUAAAAAACUUACCUCGUCCAGUCGAGGUCCCGGACACUGGUUUGCUUUGCGACUUACUUUGGUCAGAUCCCAGUAGAGAUGUUCAAGGAUGGGGAAUGAAUGAUAGAGGAGUGUCAUAUACCUUUGGUCCUGAUAAGGUGUCAGAAUUCUUACUAAGGCAUGAUCUGGAUCUUGUCUGCCGCGCCCAUCAGGUCGUGGAGGAUGGGUACGAGUUCUUUGCUGAUAGAAAGCUCGUCACAAUAUUCUCAGCCCCCAACUACUGCGGUGAAUUUGACAAUGCUGGUGCAAUGAUGAGUGUUGAUGAAAGCUUAAUGUGCUCAUUCCAAAUUCUCAAGCCAGCAGAGAAGAAACCUAGAUUCAUUAUGUCAACUAAAAUAUGAUGAUGUUGAAGCCUGGAUUACUUGUGUCUUUAAGUAAUCAUUCCUCUUUAGCCCAUUUUGGAGGAGAGACACAAGCAUCCGAGCUUUGAUGUGCGGAGCUGAACAUGCGUGCACUACGUCAUCAUCAUCAUCCAUCUCAGUAGAAUAAUUAUUCUGUGAAAAUAUCUAGGGAUCUCUGGAAGAAGUUUGCUGCUCCCCAUGCACCUGAUCAGAUGCACCUUUGCACACUAAAGGCAUGCUGGGACAACCGAACGAUGCAUGAGGUUGGCCCUCGCUGCUGAUGACAUGACACGAAGAUCCGGUUGGCCCCACUCAUCAGGAGUGCAACGUGUGUAUUCUGAUUUUGGACAAUUGUGGUAUUUUGAACUGUGCAUUUUUUCCCACACAGGUGCGGCCCCUCAGAUGAGAGGAUCAGCUAGAUUUUUUGUACCGGGUUACCUGCAUUGUGGCACCCACACCAUGCACAGUUCAUAUCUCCCAUGCAUGCGCUUGGUUGGCACAUGGGCCUGAUGUUAAGGUGCAGUGGAGGCUAGCAAACCAUGUUUCCGGAAUAUAAGGGUGUUUAGAGGCGACCAUGAUGUUUGACUUGGAUUUUCAACCGAGGAGAAAAAAAGAGGUAAAAAUAGUGUCCAUGUACAUAAAUUGGUCUUUGUAACUGAUCAUGGAUAAGUAGGGGCUUCAGACAGCAGAAAAUAGCAUUGUUCACGCCUCGGAAAAUGAAUAUCGUCAUGGUCAAAUCUCAAAAACGCCCUCAGCAACUUUGGCUUUUGCGUUUGAAACCUUGCAAUUUUAGCGUGUGUGAGUAAAUAUCGAAGCUUGUUC